CGUCACGGGCACUGCCAGGUCUUUAUCAUUUCUGCCAGAUAAAGAGCUCAGCGCUCUUGUCCUGGAGAGGAGAGCUAGGUGGCGGGCAGCAGACGCUCGCAUCUUGGAGGAAGCAGUGGCUGUGACCAUGGGGACCAGCUCAGACCAGUUUUUCUUCCCUGGAAAUCACUGGCUGUACUUCUCUGUGUACCUCUUGGCCUUCCUGGUGGGGCUCCCGCUCAACCUGGUGGCCCUGGUCAUCUUCGUGGGCAAGCUGCGGCGCCGCCCGGUGGCUGUGGACGUUCUCCUGCUCAACGUGACCCUCUCGGACCUGCUCCUGCUGCUCUUCCUGCCGUUCCGCAUGGCGGAGGCGGCCAGUGGCAUGCACUGGCCCCUGCCCUCCGUCCUCUGCCCUGUGUCCGGGUUCCUCUUCUUCACCACCGUCUAUCUCACGUCCCUCUUCCUGGCAGCCGUGAGCGCUGAGCGCUUCCUGAGUGUGGCCUACCCAAUGUGGUACAAGACCCGGCCGCGGCUGGGCCAGGCCGGGCUGGUCAGCGGCACCUGCUGGCUCCUGGCAGCUGCUCACUGCAGUGUGGUCUACGUGACUGAAUUCUCUGGAAACGUCUCCCACAGCCAGGGUUCCAACGGGACCUGCUACCUGGAAUUCCGGGAGGACCAGCUAGCCAUCGUCCUGCCCGUCCGGCUGGAGAUGGCCGUGGUCCUCUUUGGGGUGCCCCUGCUCAUCACCAGUUACUGCUACAGCCGCCUCGUGUGGAUCCUCAGCAGGGGAGCCAGCCGGCGCAGGCGCAGGAGAGUAGUGGGGCUUGUGGUGGCCACGCUGCUCAACUUCCUGGUCUGCUUCGGGCCCUACAACGUGUCCCACGUGGUGGGCUACGUCCAGGGUCAGAGCCCGAGAUGGAGGAGCUGUGUGCUGCUGCUCAGCACCCUGAACUCCUGCGUGGACCCCCUGGUCUGCUACUUCUCAUCAUCUAGGUUCCAAGCAGAUUUCCAGGAGCUGCUGGGGAGGCUGACCGGGGGCUGGAGCCCCUGGAGGGUGGAGGUCAGUGUGGAACCGAAGGUAAAGGAUGGAGGAGACGGGCAGGCCGGGGACUGUCCCACCUAGAGAGCAGGCAGCCCGGAGGUCUGGGCUGAUGGUGUGGGACAGGGAGGGGUAGCAGAUCCAUGUCCCCCGGGCAGGGCCAUGCAGUGACCGGCUGAGGCCCGAUGGGCUUGGAGGCCAGCCCCCACUUAGGGAGGUGCUCAGGGAGCGACUCUGGAGUUUGCCUCUUCCUGUUCUCCCACACGCUCUGGAUUUGACUCUGGGAAGUUGUCAGGAGCAGAGACGUCUCUGGAAGAAAAUGACCUCCCCCGACUUCCGGCCCUGACAGCAACAGGCCAAUUCCUGUGUUUUUCUGAGGGAAAAGGAGGAGUCAGGAGCAGUACCCAGGGUCAGAGAGGGUAGCUCAGUGACAGGAGGUGGGAGAGGGGGGACUUCACUCCUCAGAGUUGCUCCUGCCUGUCAGGUCGCAAAUGGAGGAG